GCCCAACGGUGAAAUCCACACAGUACAAGGUACACUGUACACCACUUGAUCUCGACAAUCUGCGAUUCCGUGGCCGCCGACAUUCGAAGCCAAGGCCCAUGAGCAGAAAGCGCCUCGACCAUUAGAAUCGGGGGUGGUAGUAAAUGCUCCACCCCGCUUAAAGCCAGUCCCAAUACAUCAGGCAAAGUGAUCAUGGACCACGAGCCGGGCGAUCCGCCUCCGAAUCCACAGCCGAGACCUCACCCCGUAGAGGCUCAUAGGGAGGGGGUGAUGCCCGUCGCGGUGCCAGCCACCCAUGAUCCACCGGAAGAAACAUGGCAUGAUGCACCAGAGGAACCACUGGCAGGGCCACCAACCCACCCCGACAGGCUGGAAGGGCACCCCCAUCCCUUCCCGCCACCCCGCUUUCCCGACGGCGGACGCUAUGUCCAGAACGAGGUAUACCGAGCCCAGGCCGCAGCUCUGGAAGAAUCGGACAUCCCACUUCCCGCCCCGUCGCCGCGGCGGCUAGCCGACGCGGUCGUCGCGGUCGUCGCCCUCUCCGUCCUCGCCGGCAUCAUCAUCCUGAUCAAGGUCUUCAUCUGGGACCGGUCCGGCGACGCCGGCUGGGUCUACGUCGUCGUGGUCUUCUUCCGCGUCACGGUCCUCGUCGGCGGCCUGCCCCGGCUGCUCCGGGAAGGCGGCCAAGUCUUCUCCGCCCUCGCCUGGCCGAUCUGGGCCGUGCCGCCGUCGCCCGACUUCCUGGAGUGGGCGACGCCGCUGGCGCUGCCGGUUUUGACGUCGCUCGUCGUGAGGGCGGGUAUUUGGGCCCCUUGCAAGGACGCCUGGAACGUCCACCAGUACCUGCCUGCUCGGACGAGGGAAAACAUUCGCGCUCUGCUGCAGGCCUGGUGGGAGUUUUGCAAGGGGUCACUGCAGCUGUCUUUUGGGACUGCGGAGGCUCACAAGCUGGUUAGGAGCCCGGGGCAGCAUGUCUGGAACCUAUCCGACUAA